AAAACUUAAAACAUCUUGGAAGCGAUCGGUGGCGUUGGCCGUAGGUGUGGUUCUACAAAAUGGACAAAUUCGUAAAAAUAACAUCAAUGUCGACUGGCGAUAAAGAAAAUGAAGUGGAUAGCGAAAUGGAGAGCGAAAUACAGCAUACAACAAAACGCAAAAGGGAAACAUCGGUGGUUUGGCAGGUUUUCAAGAAAUGCAAGGAGACCAAUAUGGCGGUAUGCAAACAGUGCGGUAAGCAGUACAAAACCGGUGGUAACACGACGAACUUGAUGGAUCACUUGAAGCGUAUGCAUCCUUCGCUACUAAAUGAAAAGCCUUUGGACAAGCCAGACUGUAUGACAAAAUUCUUAGAGCGUGAUAUCCUGUACUCUAAUAAUUCUGAAAAAAAGAAACGCAUUGACAAACUGGUACUGAAUAUGGUCGCGUCCGAUGUCUUGCCUCUAAAUGUUGUAAGUAAUGACGGGUUAACUAAGCUGAUCCAUGAACUGGAUCCACGCUAUAAAAUGCUAAGCAAGACGCAUCUGCGGAAUGUACUUUUAAAAAAUGAAUGCAAUACUUAAGGAUUCAUUAAAGGCAGAAUUUCAGACUGUUGAAAGCGUCGCAUUAACAACAGAUUGAGCGUGCUUCAAAAAUUUUGUCGACAAACCAAUUAGUCACGUUAACUAACCAUUCAGCUGUUAACAUUGCUGAUACUCUCAGUAAUGUUAUAACUGAAUGGGGUUUAACAGGCAAAGUAGUUUGUAUUAUAACUGACAAAGCAUGUGAGCUUCUCAAAAUCAUGCAUAUUCCGUGAUUUGCUCACACAAUAAAUUUAUUGGUACAAGAUAUAUUGAAGCUGCCAUGCGUUUCAGAUAUAAUUUUAAAGUGCAAACGGAAAGUCGCUUUUUUCAAAUCGAGCAAUAUAGCAUAUGCCAAAUUUAAGGAAGAACAAGGCGUUGAUAAGCCGUAUAUUUUGGUCCAGGAGGUACCAACGCGUUAGAACAGUGCUCUAUUCAUGAUGCAGCGAAUUUUUCAAACAAAUGAAUCAAUCUAUAAAGUUUUAUUGAAAACCCCAAAGUCUCUGCCGCCGUUUACCGCAGACGAGAUUACACUUAUAAAAGAACUGAUUGAUAUCCUCAACCCAUUUCAGGUUGCAACACUAUCCAUUCCAGCUGACAAAAAAGUGACUGUCUCUGAUCAUUUCAAUUUGCUGUGAGCUCCGCAAAAAACUUUUUGAAAUGAACUCUUUCAUACCGCCAGAGGCUAAAUUAGUCGUCGACUACCUGGUAGCCCGACUGCCAGAAAGAUUUUCACAAUACGAGACGCGAACAGCGACAAGGCUCGCAACUAUUCUGGACCCACGAUUUAAAAAGGAUGGCUUCCUGCAGUCGUCAAAUGCUGAGCAGGCAGCAAAAGCCUUAGAACUGGAAGUAUCCGCUUUUUUGUCCAAAACAAAACAACAUCCACAGCCAACACCACCACAAACAAAACUAUUUUCUUUUAUGAAGCUUAAAGAAAAAGUAAAAUCGAACAAAGCAGACGCCUUAAUAAUGUUGCGCCAAUAUUUUGAAGGAUCACAUGAAGCAGAAGAAGUGAAUCCACUUGAUUAUUGGAAGGAGCACACAAAGGAUACUACAGCCUUGGCAAUGCUGUCAAAAAAAUGCGUUUUAUGCGUUCCAGCAUCUUCUUGCGCAGCGGAGCGCGCGUUCAGCAAGGCUGGACAAAUAAUCUCCGACAGGAUAUGCGCUCUAAAAUCGAAUAUAGUUGAUAAGCUGCUGUUCCUAAAC